AUGACGUCAUGUGUGGAGAGUCGCCCUCGUGUGGACACCUCUGCAGCAUCUCUCCAGGACCCACAGGAGCAGACGGAGAUCAGAGAGAGGAGAUCAGAGGAGAGAGAGGAAGAGAGAACAGAGCAGAGAAGGAAAGAGGAGGAGAGAGUGGGGGAGAGAGAGGAAGAGAGACCAGAGCAGAGAAGGAAAGAGGAGGAGAGAGUUGGGGAGAGAGAGGAAGAGAGAACAGAGCAGAGAAGGAAAGAGGAGGAGAGAGUGGGAGAGUGGGGGAGAGAGGAGAGAGAGGAGAUCAGAGGAGGAGUACCUCCACUCGGGCCUCUGUGGUCUGCACAGGUCAGCAUCUGGACAGUCAGGCAGGCUCACUACGCAUGCGCAGAGCUUCUGUCCUUCACAGCAAACAUGGCGGCCUCUGUGGUGCGGACCCUCGGCUCUAGUCUGGGACGAAACCUGCGGGAAGUCCGGCUCCAUCUGAGCCAGAGCUGCGCUGGAAGUCAGGGGGCGAGGGACUUCGUGGAGCAGCACUACGUGAGCCUGAAGAAAUCAAACCCACAGUUUCCGUUUCUGAUCAGAGAAUGUUCGGGAGUUCGAGCGACGCUGUGGGCCCGAUAUGGACACGGCCGUGAGGCCAGCGUCUCUGUGGAGAACAUGUCAUGUGAUCAAGUCGCCGCCACGCUCAGCACUCUAGCACACAGCCAAUAA